GCCCCAUCUUCCGGCGCUCGCCGGAGCUCGUGCUGAUUGUUGCUGCCGCCGCCACCGCCCCGGCUGCCAUCUCGUCCUCCUGGGCCGCCGCCGCCGCCGCCGCCGCCUCCUGGGCCGGGCCGAUCCCCUCCCCGCCGCCGCCUCCUCCUGGGCUGGGCCCGCGGUGUCUCGUCCCCUCGCGGAGCCGCUCCUGCCGCCGCCGCCGCCGCCUCCUCAUUCAUCCUCGUGCACCAUAGGCGGCACAGGCACCAAGAUGUCCAACCGAGUGGUCUGCCGGGAAGCCAGCCACGCCGGGAGCUGGUACACAGCCUCAGGACCACAGCUGAAUGCACAGCUAGAAGGUUGGCUCUCACAAGUUCAGUCUACAAAAAGACCCGCUAGAGCCAUUAUUGCACCCCAUGCAGGAUAUACAUACUGUGGGUCUUGUGCUGCUCAUGCCUAUAAACAAGUGGAUCCAUCUAUUACCCGGAGAAUUUUCAUCCUUGGGCCUUCUCAUCAUGUGCCCCUCUCUCGAUGUGCACUUUCCAGUGUGGAUAUAUAUAGGACACCUCUGUAUGACCUUCGUAUUGACCAAAAGAUUUACGGAGAACUAUGGAAGACAGGAAUGUUUGAACGCAUGUCUCUGCAGACAGAUGAAGAUGAACACAGUAUUGAAAUGCAUUUGCCUUAUACAGCUAAAGCCAUGGAAAGCCAUAAGGAUGAGUUUACCAUUAUUCCUGUACUGGUUGGAGCUCUGAGUGAGUCAAAAGAACAGGAAUUCGGAAAACUCUUCAGUAAAUAUCUAGCGGAUCCUAGUAAUCUCUUUGUGGUUUCUUCUGAUUUCUGCCAUUGGGGUCAAAGGUUCCGUUACAGUUACUAUGAUGAAUCCCAGGGGGAGAUUUAUAGAUCCAUUGAACAUCUAGAUAAAAUGGGUAUGAGUAUUAUAGAACAACUAGACCCUGUAUCUUUUAGCAAUUACUUGAAGAAAUACCAUAAUACUAUAUGUGGAAGACAUCCCAUUGGGGUGUUAUUAAAUGCUAUCACAGAGCUCCAGAAGAAUGGAAUGAAUAUGAGCUUUUCCUUUUUGAAUUAUGCCCAGUCAAGCCAGUGUAGAAACUGGCAAGACAGUUCAGUGAGUUAUGCAGCGGGAGCACUCACGGUCCACUGAAGCUCUGAAUCCUCAGGGAUGCCACCUGCACAUACUCAUUCUCUGUCCGGGGUCCCAGCCUAGCCCUUACCAAGAUACUGGUCCUGGUUUGGGGGGAUUCUGAAA